UAAAGCAUUAUAAAAUGGGGAAGGUUGGAUAGAAACUAAGAACUUGGAGGUUGCUUAUUUAAAUGAGUUUGGUAGAAAAGAAAAAAUAUAAUUCCAAGCAGAUAAAUUUUUCAAUAGUUGGUGGGGAUGGUAGAUCAUUUUAAGUCAGACGGGCAUGCGUGCUGGACGAAGAAAAAGAGAAGGACGUCUAUAUCGAACGACGAGCCACAACACAGUCGUUCAACACGCGCCGCGUUUUAUAAUCGUCUUUCUACGAUGACAACGGUAUUCGAAGAAGAUUUAAAUUAUGCCAUUGGUUGGAACCGGCUGAGCCUACAAAUACUUGGUGUAUGGCCGGAAUGGAAGGAUAAUGCAAGUGAUCCUACCUUAUCGAAAUAUUGGUUCAUUCUACAUUCAUUUUUUAUGCUGGGAUUUGUCACUCUACCACAGUCGGCAUAUCUUUUGAUGAUAUGGGGUGACGUAGAUCUGACGACAGAGAUUUUGGCGACGGGAAUCGUCCCGGUAUCCAUGUCUUGCAUAAAGUUGUUGUUCGCGCGAUAUUAUUUGGAAUCUCUUAGACCACUUCUCAGUUCCUUCGUCGAAGAUUGGAAGAGAUCGAAAAGCGAGGAUGAGAGAUCGGUCAUGUUGGUUAACGCUAAAAAGGCAAGAAUCAUAUCGAUAUGGUGUACGACAUUAGCACAUUUUAUGACAUCGAUUCUCAUUCUACCUCGAAGCUUGAUGAUCGCGCAAAUGCAAAGAGACCAAUUCGAUCCCCCAAGUACGGUCGUUUAUCCCGCUUAUUUUCCAUACGACAUUAGUGGAACUUCAACUUUUUUAAUUUCCUGUUUCGGACAAAUCGUAGCGGCGUAUAGCGCUACCGUAUCAUACGUAGGAGUAGACACGUUCAUCACAAUGCUCGUCCUUCAUGCCUGCGCACAAAUUACCAAUCUCAGGCAUGCACUUGAAAAUCUAUCGAACGGCACGAGCGAAAUAGCCAAUGAGUUUACAACAAAAUUGACAUGGAUCGUAAAGAGACACGAACAUCUCAACUGGUAUACUAAAUCGAUUGAGAAUUCAUUUAACAUAUUGAUGCUCAUUCAAAUACUGGCUUGCAUCAUUCAAGUUUGCUUUCAGGCCUUUCAAUUAGUUCGCAUAAUGGAACACGAUGGGAGUGAUUUUCCCAUAGAACGAUUGGCUUUUAUUGUAUUGUUUUUAAUUGUUAUCUUGGUACAACUCUAUCUAUAUUGUUACAUUGGGGAAAUGCUUAUCGUCGAGAGUUCUGCAAUGGGCACGUCAGUAUACGAGUCACAGUGGUGUACAUUAUCUCCAAAAGAUGCACGAAAUAUCAUUUUCGUGAUGCAUCGAUCUGCUAUACCAUUUCGUUUAACGGCCGGAAAAUUCGGCACUUUUUCGAUGGAAAUGUUUAGCAGCAUUUUAAAAACUACGAUUGGAUAUCUUUCGGUGUUAUUAACGAGCAUUCCUAUCCUUUUUAUAGAGCAUGCGCGAACCAUGACGGCAGACAUAGCUCGCGAAAAUACGGAAUGGAUGUAUCAAGAUCAGUCCUUAACGCAAAUUGGAUAUGCAAUGGAUAUGCAAGAAGUUUUAAAAAUUGAUUAUGUUUACGGAUGGAACCGAUACACCAUGGAUUUCAUAGGGAUUUGGCCGAACGAAAGAGGAUUCGAUCGAAUCUCGAAUUUUAAAGUUUUGAUACCAGUAUGUUUUAUUCUUUGCUUCAUCUGUUUGCCUCAAACGAUAAAUCUCUUCUUCGUUUGGACUAAUUUCAACUUGGUCGUGGAAAAUCUAUCGAUGGGUAACAUGACCUUCACGAUUUCCCUGUUGAAAAUUAUCAUUUUCUGGCUGAACGGACGAUCUCUCAAACAUCUUCUGUCGUUAAUGGAGGAGGAUCUGAAAGCUGGAGCGAACGAAGAGGAUAAAAAGACAAUGAGGAACAUUGCGACGAUUUCGAGGAAGAUAUCGAUCAUAAGUACCAUCAUGUGUCUCAGUGUUGUCGUUGUCUACCUUAUAUUUCGUUACGUCACGAUUCUUUAUAUCGGUCGUAAUCUUUUAUUUCGAGCGUAUUUUCCUUACGAUGCACAUAUCAGUCCUAAUUACGAGCUAACAAUUGUAGCUCAAUUGAUAGCAACAUUGUACGCCGCCACAUCCUACACAGCCGUGGACACCUUCAUCGCCAUGCUCAUUCUUCACGCUUGUGGACAACUUUCGAACUUAAAACGAGAUCUGAUGAAUUUGCGACCUAGAACCAGUGACGAAUUUAAAACCAAAUUAAUCUAUAUAGUCGAGAAACAUGACUAUCUUAACAGAUUUGCUGAUACCAUCGAGGAUCAAUUCAACGUAAUGUUACUGAUUCAAAUGCUCGGUUGCACCGUACAAUUGUGCUUUCAAUCUUUCCAAGCGCUCUUGGUAAGGCAUGAUAUUAAAAUGAUAAAAUUUUCGAUAAUCGGUGAACCAAAUGAACUUUUUCUCUUGGAAUUAUCCUUUCUAAUACUUUACGUGUUUUACGUACUAAUUCAGCUUUAUCUUUAUUGCUACGUCGGAGAGAGAAUUCUUUCGGAGAGCAAAAAUAUUCUACAGGCCGCAUACGAUUGUGAGUGGUACAAUUUAACAACGAAAGAGGCUAAAUCACUUCUAAUGAUUAUGUAUCGUGCACGAACGCCGUUGUGUCUUACGGCUGGUAAAUUCUGUACCUUCACCCAAGAAUUAUACAGUAGCAUCGUUGUCAUAGAAGAACCUAACAUGGAUUUUAUUAAUCGAGUUUCGUACGUGGAUUACGCAUCUGGUUGGAACCGCUAUACCAUGAAGUUCAUGGGGAUUUGGCCGGAAGAGAGAAAGUUCGAUCGAGCAUCGAGUUACAGAGUGCUAAUACCAGUUAGCCUUAUGUUUCUCUUUAUGGCUUUACCACAAACUAUCAAUCUUUACUUCAUAUGGGAUGACUUCAACAUGAUCGUCGAUAAUCUUUCUGUGGCAAAUAUAACGGUGAUGUUAGCGCUAAUGAAGAUAAUCAUCUUUUGGUUCAACGGAAGACCCAUUCAGAAUCUUCUCGUUUUAAUGACGAAUCAUCGAAAGGAAGCUGACACGGAAGAAGAAAUCAAGAAGAUGAUGACGAUUGCAAGGAUAUCCAGGAGGAUAUCAAUUGGAAGUACCGUGAUAACUAAUUCCGUAGUUGUACUCUGGGCAACAUCACGAUUUCUCUUGAUGCGCCAAUCCGGCCAUCGUGCUCUCUUCUUGCAAUCUUAUUUCCCUUACGAAUCAUUGAUCACACCAAAUUUCGAGAUGACGUCCGUCGGACAAAUUGUGUCAGCAUUUUAUACGGCUACGACGUACACGGCCGUGGACACAUUCGUCGCCAUGUUGAUUCUACACGUGUGCGGCCAAUUUUCGUAUCUUAGACAAAAAAUGAAGAAACUCAGUAUCAAUGACGACGUUGAUUUUCAAAAGAAGCUUGCAUAUAUUGUGAAGAAACAUGACACUCUUAAUAAAUUUGCUGACACGAUAGAAAACAAAUUUAAUGGAAUGUUGUUGAUGCAGAUGUUGGGUUGUACCAUAGAACUUUGCGUUCUAUUCUUCCAAGCACUUUUGUCGAUUACCGAGGAAAAUCAGGAAUUGUUCGUGUUUCAAAUGUGCUUCCUGACUCUUUACAUAUCUUAUAUUCUGUUACAAAUUUACCUAUACUGUUACAUAGGAGAAAAGUUAGUUUCAGAGAGCUCGAGAAUGGCCAAUGCAGCAUACGAGUAUGAAUGGUACAAUAUGCCUGCCAAGAAAGCUAAGUGUAUUAUUUUAAUAAUAUGUCGAGCACGAUCGCCAUUGUGCAUCACCGCUGGUAGAUUUUGUUCAUUCAAUCUUCAAUUAUUUACCAAAAUCUUGAAAACGUCAAUGGGUUAUUUGUCCGUCUUAUACACAAUGAAAUCCAAAAAUUUAGAAUAAAUCCAACAUGUCAGUCUAAUUUAUUAAAUAACAUAAAUAUUUAGAAACAGUUGGAAUUAUAGUAAAAUUUUACACCUAACA